AUGGCUGCAGGAAAUCAUUCCACAGUAAUGGAAUUCAUCCUCGCUGGACUUACAGACAAACCAGAACUCCAAAUGCCUCUUUUGUUCUUCUUUCUAGGAAUUUAUGUGGUCACAGUGAUGGGGAACCUGGGCAUGAUCACACUGAUUGGGAUCAGUUCUCACCUGCAUACCCCCAUGUACUAUUUCCUUAGCAGUUUGUCUUUCAUUGAUCUCUGCCAUUCCACUGUCAUCACCCCCAAAAUGCUGGUGAACUUUGUGACAGAGAAGAACACCAUCUCCUACCCUGAAUGCAUGAUUCAGCUGUAUUUCUUCCUCAUUUUUGCUAUUGCAGAGUGUCACAUGCUGGCUGCAAUGGCAUAUGACCGCUAUGUUGCCAUCUGUAGCCCCUUGCUUUAUAAGGUCAUUAUGUCCCCUCAGGCCUGUUUCUAUCUGAUUUGCAGUGUAUAUAUUAUAGGCCUGGUUUGUGCAUCAGCUCAUAUGGGCUGCAUAUUUAAAGUUCAUUUCUGCAAAUUUGAUGUGAUCAACCAUUAUUUCUGUGAUCUUAUUUCCCUCUUAAGCCUCUCAUGCUCUAGUACCUAUGUCAAUGAAUUACUGAUUCUAAUCUUUAGUGCAUUUAACAUUCUUGUUCCUAGUCUGACCAUCUUUGGCUCUUAUGUCUUCAUCUUAAAAAGCAUCCUCCGCAUUUGCUCCACUGGGGGCAGAUCCAAAGCCUUCAGUACUUGCAGCUCCCAUGUAUCAGCUGUUACAAUCUUCUAUGGUUCUGCAGCAUUCAUGUACCUGCAGCCAUCAUCAGCCAGCUCCAUGGACCAAGGGAAAGUGUCCUCUGUGUUUUACACCAUUGUGGUGCCUAUGCUGAACCCCUUGAUCUACUGCCUGAGAAAUAAGGAUGUCAACAUUGCCCUGAAGAAAAUUCUAGAGAAAAUAAUAUUGUUGUGA